AUGAAGUGCCUGCGUCAUGUUCUCAGAGGACUGGUACCCCCUGAUACCCGAGCCAACCCCGAACCACUGCUGCCUGAAAUUGCCUUUGAUUCGCGAGGAGCAACCCCAGGCUUGCAGAGCCCCUGCUUGUCCAUUCGCACAAGGGUUUUUUUCUUUCUUUCUUCAUACCCCCCUCCUGUGACAUUUUCUCCAAAUCGGAUAGUGAAGUGUAAGUCGAGCUUCGCCGCAGGCAACCCUGGGUCUCCGCCUUCAGACUCAGGGUCCCUGAGUGGGGUGCGCUGCCCCGGCGCUGCUAACCCAGGGGACCGGGUGGGAUCCCCCCACACACCCCCACCCAGCCGAGCGCCGUGGGCCCGGCCGUUCCACCAAGUGAGGCCGAGGAGCCCACGUGUGAGGCCCACGCCCGUCUCGGGCCGGGGCACUGGUGCGCUCCGAGCACGACGGGUGGCCGGCCUCGCGGCGGGUUCAAGUGCACGCCCGGGGUUGGAGCCAGCGGCUCGGCGAGCGAGUUCUCUCCUGUUCGGCCCCCUCUCCGGAGUUCAGUGUGCCCCGCUGCUCUUGGGACGCCCUCUCCCAGCCCUCCCAGUCGCGAUGAGCCGCCGGCCUGGGGCGCGAACCCGGGCGCGGUCCUCCCCGGGCCCCAGCCCACGGCGCGGGCUCCUCAAGAGCAACGUGGAGGCUCCGCCUGGAAAAGAAGUCCGACUUCCUCUCCGCGCUGCUCUGGUGCGAUCUGGAAUCGGCAGGAAAUGGCUCGAACACCCGUCCCGCGCCUUUGCAGUCAGCCCUCGCUUUGCUGAAGGGAAGCAGCUCCCACCAAAGUCUUACCGCCCCCUCCCCCACGAAAGACCCGCGCAGGUCAGAGCCUACGAGAAAAGCCCGGAGCCAUCCACUCACCUGGGUGAGGCCAUAAAGAGGACACCUGGCCCAGCCGGCCGUGUGGAACGUCACUCAGCACGCCUGAGGGGCUCCCUCGCCGCCCGUGCUCCGCCAGCACAGCCCGCACACCAGCCUUCCUUCUCUCAACACUUGGCUGCCAGCCAUCUGGCCCCCAUGACCGGAGCCUCCCGAGCAAAAGCUUUCCAGCUCAACAUGCCCAUCCCUCCCCCACCCUCCAUUAAGUUGUAAAGCAGGGAAAUAUUUUUCUUUUCUUCAUGGCCUUCCAAAGAAUGGACACAGAACCACGAGAGAAAUUGCUGGCCAGAGGAAAGCAAUCCCUUAGAGAAAGCAAUCCAACUAUCAUCACCCUAGAGAGCUGGGCCACCGCCAACAUCUCCAUCAGCAAGUUGGAAGAGUUGUCUGACUUCCCAACACAAUAAAAAUGGAGACAUGAGCAUCCAGAGCCCCAGCCAGCACAAUUACAUGAAGCCAAAGAACAUUAUCACUUCUGGGUUGCAGGAUUUAUGACCAACUGUGAUGGAAAAUAAAGACAGGGAUACUUGCUUGAAUUCAUCAUUGACAAAAGGCAGUACGUUUUAAUCAUAGAGAAGUUGUAUAUAUUAUACUUUUUAAAUGAAAACCCUAGCAAACAGAGCAGAAACAGAUGCCAGCAUCCUGGAGAAAAAAGAAACAUGAAAAAGAUUGCCAGUUUGCUCCUGUUUAGAAGAUAUGCAAGUGAUAUCCUUUAUUGUUGAAAAACUUUUAAAUGCACUGAGGCAAGCAUUUCUAUCGUGGUGGUUUCCUGGAUUUGGGAAACUGUUUCUAAGGAGUAGGCUUGUAUUCGGCAUAGUGUCUGCUGAUCUAGGAAUCAAGUAAUGAGGAUAAUAUGCCACUUCGAGGAAGCCUGUGAUUUCCAUGUGCCAUGAAUAUUACUUUCUUGCCAGUGCAUCUGUCCUGAACUCCCCUGGAACCAUGCUCUUUGCCCAGCAGAGCAUUCUUAGGUAUUAUUACUGUUCUCAAUAGUUGUCUCCACUCUAAGACGUAUACCCACCCUAUGAGUGAAGGCUCAUGGUGUUCCCGGCCCAGGGCUGGCACAUGAUGAAUACUUAGAAAAUAUCGAAGAGCUCUGAUUAAGUUGUGAUUUUAUGUAAUUAAAAUUCUUCACACAGAUGAUCUGUUUUCACUGUUGGCAAUGAAAAGGUAAACCAGUAUGGUUUUAGAGUUCAGCUGUUUAUCAGAACCAAAAUUAGCCUCAGAACCACUGAAAGUUUAAAAAGACUGCUUGAGGAAGGAAGGAAGGGUCUACAUAAUCCUUCAAACACAAGAUUCAUUCUAUCAAUGCUUGGAAUAGCUCCUCGAACCCUAAAAGUGAGUUUGUUUCCAGAACACCUGAAAAAGAGACCACAUUUUUAUGAUGUUUGCUUUCCACAGUCAAGUUUACAUUAGGGAGCUGUAUUUUCCUUAUAUUUAUUUUGAAAUCAUUUGAGUUUUCCAAUGAAAUAACAUUCUCAUUUUCUUCCCUCUUCCCAGAUGAACACAUUUAUUGUUUUAAUCAUGAAGGGUUCUACAUGGGACUGUGGUUGGUGGUUGGGAUGCUCUGGAGUGGUGCACUUGGAAAAGAAUGUGUUAUUUGCAUUUAAGAAAAAUACUUAGUGGGCUGAAUGUCUAGCCACUAAAAUAACAGUUCAUGAAAACCCAGUUAUCCCAGAUAGCCUUCCAAGAGUGGCAAUCAGAUUUCCUAGAGUCCAAGAAGAGGAUGAGAACUGUGAGGAGGGGCAGACCAGAGGGACAAACUAUAUUUGGAAGCAAGAGUAGGUCAAGGAACUAAGGAUUUGAAGUAGAGGAAAAUAAAGGGGGAACACAUGGGUCAUCUCCUCUGUAGAUAUCCAGUUUGAACCUAAUCUUAGUGGGAAGUAAAAUCAUUAUCUGACAUCUUGUGGCCACCUCAGAAAUAUGUUGGUAAUUUCAGCCAGAGUCAACAUUGAAAAAUCACCAGCACCACUGACGGGCUGCACAGCACAACUAUGGCCCAAACCUGCCCAAAAAGGUCCAGUGCCAUUUAUGCUCAUGUAAUGGGGCACCACAUUGAGACAUCCACUCCUGGGCUACACAUUCAACUCCUCUCUGGAGCAAUAAAGAAAUGGCAAAAGGUUACGCUCCUUUAGUUAAUCUUCUAAGGUGACCAUAGAUUCAAAGAUUUAUUUUUUUUAUUCAGUAAUGACUUAGAGUUUAAGUAUUUGUACAUGCAUAUAUAGGCCUAUAUAGGCCUACAUAUAG